UCAAAAAGAGGAAAGAAACGCUCCUCCUCUCCUCCCCCCACCCCCCCGCUCCUCUCAAAUCUCCUCCCAUCCCCCAGAUCGAUCUCCACAACCCCAAAAACAAAAGAAAAAACAAAAUUCUGGGAAUGGAGCAGCAGCAGAAGCAGGAACCCGGCGGCGGCGGCGGCGGCGUCAGAGUCGUCGCGAGGAUCUGCCCCUGCGCACCACCGCCACCACCACCCGACGCCGCCCUCAACUUCCAGGUCGCCGCCCUCAAUGACCCCGCCCUAAUCUCCUUCAUCCCCCGUCGCCCAACCGCAUCCGCCGCCACCGCCGCGGCCUCUGGCCGAGGAGAUGGCCCCAAGGAUAAGCAGCAGCAGCAGCAGCAGAAGUACAGGGUCGAUGGCUGCUACCUCAGAGACGAUCCCAACCACCGCGUCUUCCACAACGAGGUCAAGCCGCUCAUUGAUGGCAGAGGUGGAGGAGGAGGAGGACGCGGCGGCGCCAAAGCCUGCGUCGUCGCCUGUGGUGAUGCGGCUGCCAAACGUCACCUCUUCAUGGGGUCUCCUGAUCAACCUGGCUUGUUCACCAUGGCAAUGGCGCAACUCCUCGACUCCUCCAAAGCCAUUGGUGCCGCUGUCACUGUCUCAUCCUAUCAGGUGCUCCAAGAUACUCACAUCCUCGACCUCUUGGAGCCCAAGAACCAUGAGGUUCUCAUACUAGAGGAUGCCGACGGACAGACUCACCUCAAGGGCCUCUCCAGGGUUGGUGUCAACUCAAUCGAGGAGUUUUCGCAGCUUUGUUGUUGCGCUACCAACCAGCAGAGGCACCAUCCCGCUAAAGAUUCCACCCAGUUACAGGAUUGGGGACACCAAGGGCUGAUUAUCUACGUCUCUAGCUUUGAUCAGCAAGGCAAAGAAUGUGCUCUAGCUAAGAUAAACUUCCUCAACCUGGCAGGCUAUGUGGAUCCCAAGCAGAAGAAGAAUGAAGGUCUUGCUCUACUAACCGGUAACAAGUCUAUGCAUGCCUUGAUGAAUGUUGUCCAAGCACUGAACAGCAACCAGAGAUUUGUACCAUAUAGACAAAGCAAAGUAACUCGUAUUCUGCAAGAUUCUUUAUGCAAGAGCAAGACGAGCGGUAGCGUCCUGAUAGCCUGUUUGGCUGAAGAUUGCUGCCAAGAUUCAGUUUCUACUCUUGCCUUGGCUUCUCGCUCGAGCCAAGUGGUCAAUGAACAAUACUACAGCUUAUCCUUGAGUGCUAAAAAAUCAUCAAAGUCAAAUAUGAACUUACCUACCGAUGCCAAAACCUUGUCAAGGACGUUUAUUCACAAAACAAUGUCGAUGCAAGAGAAGAAUGCCCGACCUGGAUUCAAUAAUAGUGGUGUAAAAGGCGGACAAACUCCUACUGCUAAUAGAAGGACUCAGCCAAUCAUUAGUUCAACGAAAAAAUCUGGAAGCUCAAUCUGUACUUCAAUUAAGAUGAAGGAAAAUUAUGCUAAACCUAAAAUAAGUGGAAGGAAAUUAUUUUGUCCAAGCAACAAUUCAUUGAAGGAGGAGAAUGCUACGGAUGUUGCUUCUACAGUGGUAACAGAAACUAAGUCAGCAACAGUGAGAAUACAAGCUGAUGAAGUACAACCAUUAGUAGGCAUGGAAAUUCGAGCUGCAUUACUAAAUGAGGGAUGUUCUGAAAUAGGAAACACCGGAGAUGUUAAAUCAUCUGAAAUGCAAGAAGUGGUACAUUGCAGCACACAAGAACUGCUAGCAAGUACUAUACAAGAAGAGGACUAUGCCUUGUCAAAUAUGGAACCGGAGAAUUCAUGUACUGACAUGGGAUUGACCUGCUCUUCUAUCACUGAUAACCUUGUUGAGAAGACUCCUGCCAGCAGUACCCUAUCCUCCCCAAAGUUGAGUGACCGACUGAGAGAGAUUUCAAACUCAUUGAAGCUUCUUAGCACUCGGCCAGUGAGCGUGAGGGCAGAAAAGUGGGACAUAGAAUGUGCCCGGAGAAUCAACACGAUUGCACCAGAGCCAAAAACUCCUGAAGUGCAUUUGAAAUUUGAGCAAGCAGAAGAUCCCAAGGAUAAACUUACGGCCCGCAGCACUGGGAUUAAGAAAUCUCUAGCUCAAGAGUGCUUGACUUUUCUCAACAGUGCUAAUAAGGAGCAAUUAAAAAGCUUAAAGGGAAUCGGAGAUAAAAGGGCAAACUACAUACUUGAGCUUCGUGAGGAGUCACCAGAGCUAUUUAAAGAGAUAAGUGAUCUGAGAGACAUCAUCGGAAUGAAUUCAAAAGAGAUCAAAAAGAUGAUGUCCGGGAUUAUCGACCCCUAAGAAAGUGAGCAAUGGGAGUGCGAUGGUUCUCCUGUGGAGUGUGCAUAUGCAUCUUUGGUCAAAGGUGUCAUGUCUUUGUUUUGUAUUUUUUUUUGUCCAGUUGCUUCUCAAGAGCGAAUGCUUUGGUCAGGAGUUGGCAUUCUGUGAGAGAAUCAGUGCUUUGCAGUGGUUUGCUGCUAUUAUGUGUUCUUUGUAAUCAUCAUACAGUGUCGUACCAAUAUUGAUAAUGUGUGGCGUUAAUGUGAUUUCCUCUCUUUUGAUGUUUGUUGCUAUAAAUGCCAAUUUAUUGUUUUAGAAAAAAUAAUGAGCCAA